AACUAUUUUGAUAUUUCGCUUUGGAUUUUAGAUAACAGUAGAGCUUUUGCGGAUGCAAUGGUGUGUUGUUCGGAUGUAUUGUUUCUGUAACUGAACGUCAUGUUUGAAUGUUUCUCAAUGUGCUCUUUACUUGAACUGUCAUACAACAGGUGAUAACGGUGUGCUCUCUACAAGAAUUUACUUGGUGCUGUCACAUCAUUUUGUCAAAAUUUGUGGCGGGUUUUGCCCGAAUACUUAUGGCAUGGGUGUAGAAGUCUGUCCCGUCCAUAGAAGCGAGUUCAAGAGCUCCGAGAUUUCAAGCAUCCAUGUAGUUGAUAUGAAUACAGAAGAAUCAAGAGGAUUGAAGAGAUCACCUGAGGAGGAUGAAGAUCCUCGUCAAGAUGUCUACCAAAGACAGAGGCCGCGGACUCACCAGGAGAGAAAAGAAUGGAUCGCAUUCUCUCUCGAAAAACUCAAAACUCACGACUUCCGCAGGCAGGUUUUAAUUAGCAAUUUUAUACGCUCCAUUCACCUUUCCAUGGAAUCGGAUGGAAUCAACGUACCCGAACUUUACUACGACGACAACAGCAAGAGACGUGGGCCUUAUAUACCUGAGUGGAGACCUCACAAAAACACAACUACGUUAGAUCCACCACCUAGCAACUCUAGUAGUGAUGUAGACUCUAGACCAGGUACUCCUUCUGUGAUAAAUUCAGUAUCUCAAAGGGGUAUGGAGAAUACUGGAUCAGAUCUCGCAUCUGAGUACGAAAGGUGCUUCAUGGAAACAGAUGCUUUUAAAGCUACCCCCUUUUCUAGAACUACAUACGAACGUGUGGAAAAUGGUGCCUUAUGGACAGACGAGAGUGACCGAUUCUCUCGUUUGAACUGGUGUUCUGUGCUCACCAGUACUUUCAAUGGUUCUGACAAUAGUUCUAGUGACUACAUAUCUGACGAUUCCUCAUCUAGCACUAACCUUCAUACACUAAUGCCAGCCUCUACUGAGAUUGAAUACUUUGAAAUGCCAAGUUCUGCACACCUGAACUCAGACUGUCCCACAGAAAACACCAGUUCUGCGUCUGGAUCUUCUCCUACGAGUAGUGAGGACGAAAUUUUUGGAGAUGUUGAUUUGACAUUGUAUGAUUUCGAUUGCCACGCCAUGUCUCCGCCCAAUGUUGCAAUGGACCCUCUAACGGCUGAGGAACUGGUGUGGUCGCUGUCCAAUGAUCAAAGGCAAAUGAAUUCAAGUGAUAGAGACUACGCGACUUCUGUUUCCACUUGAUGUCACCGGAAUCAAAAUUCAAAAUAUAAUUUAAACAUUUGUACAAAGUAAUUGCUACAUUGUUCCAUCCUGAACUUCAUUUUUUAUUUAUGUUUUAUUUAAAGGUUGCAUGAUAAUUUCAGCUAGGUUUACUGUACUUAAAUGAAGUAUAAAAAAAAAUCUACUUAAAUUGAUAAAAUAAAUUAUGAAGCCAUAUGACAAAUGUCAGGAGGACAAUUCUCUUAUUGAAUUUCUGGAUAUUUAUUUUUCUUUAAUUUUAACGAACUUAUUUUGUUUUGUGUGCAUUUUGCCAUAUGAUUAAAAAUAGUCUGUAUUUGUGUGGAUGAAAUUGUUUUGGCUAACAUUUCAGUGUUCUGCCUUUUGCUUCAUUGACGAGAAGAUGUACAAACUGAUCUAUUCAUUAUUUUUAAAUAGGGACCAAAUGUAGAUCUGUUAAUAUCGAUUUUUUUUUUUACUCAGGAGUUAAUGUAAGCAAUUAAAUUAAUUUUAAUCGUAAUUUAUUUUGAAACCCUUAGGAAUUAUGGAUAGAUUUCUUUUUUCCCCUUCAUUUUAUUAUUUGUUAAUUUUUUUUAAAGAUUGACUGUUAACAAAAUUUAGCUGAUUAUCGAUAAAUCAUCUUAUUUCGCAAAACAUUUAUUUUAAAUGUUAGAUUUCUUUCUUUUUUAUGUUUAAUAUUUUUUAAUUGGUAUGAAAUUUAUCUCACUUGUGAAAUUUUCUUUGGUAAACUUAUAUUUAUAAGGAUCUUAAAGACUGAAAAAUAGUAAUAAAUUUCAGCUUCAAAAUUAAAUAAGUGAUAAUAAAGUUUUAUUUUUCUCUAUUACAUAAAAUAGCGCAAUUUUUUUUUGGUACUUAAGAGUCACUUAAUAGCUUUUAAGAAUUUUUUUUACAAUUAUUUUUGAACUCUAUAAUUUUGAUAUUUGCUUGUGUUUAGUCGCUGGUCAUGUUUUCUAUUUUGUGAUUAUUAUUAUAAGUUUGAUUUAUUUGAAUUGGCUGCUAGUGAAGUGUUUAUGGUUCUUUUUAAUAUUUGCAAAUUUAUUUUUGUUAAAAAAAAAAAACUUAAUUAAGUUGCAAAACAUAUAUUUACUUAAUUCGGUACUUUUUUUAAAAAAUUUAUCUGUUCAAUACAUAAUUUGAAAUGCAGUUUCUUAUGUUUACAAUCUCAAUGUUUCUAUUGGAGAAAAAAAAUAAUAAGAUUGAUCAAUACCAUCUACUAACAACUGCCAAAAAACAAUCUGCAGCUCACUAAAUGUGAUUUACAUAUCAAUCACACGAAUUAUAUAAAAAUACUAAUAAUAAAGAGAUAAUGUCUUUUAGCUAUAAAUAGCUAAGAUGUUUGCUUAAAUGAAGAUUGUUAAUUUUAUGCUGAAUAGAAAUAAAAUUGAAAACAAGCGCAGAUGUCACAUAAUCACAUGCGGUUGUUUCAAUACCAUAAUGAAGCACCUUCU